AAUUUUAUACUCGAUGUGAGUUAACCUAUCAUGGUAUAACGCCUUAUGAUAUUUGAGUCAGCCGUUUGGUGUCAGAUUUCUUGGUUUUGAAUAGUUCAAUAAAUAAAUACUGCUUAUUUCAGACAAAAACAACUAAAACAAUUUACAAUGCAGAACCCAAAUGAGGAUACAGAAUGGAACGAUGUGCUGCGCGCGAAGGGUAUUAUUCCACAAAAAGAGAAGGAAGUUACAGAAGAUGACAUCGUUAAUAUGAUUGAACAGACGAUACAGCAAAAACAGCAGGAAAAGGAUAAGCAGUUAUCAGAACUAGACCUAGACGGGCUAGAUGAGCUAGAGGACUCUGAAGAUGAAGCAGUAUUAGAAGAAUACAGAAGGAAGCGCAUCGCUGAGCUGAAACGGUUAGCAGAGAAACCAAAGUUUGGAGAUGUACGGGAGGUCUCAGGGCAGGACUAUGUGCAGGAGGUCAACAAGGCCGGGGAAGGCAUUUGGGUGGUCAUCCACUUAUACAAGCAGGGUAUCCAGCAGUGUGCCCUCCUAAACCAGCACCUCAGAGAGCUAGCAGCCAAGUACCCAUACACAAAGUUCCUGAAAGCAAUAGCGCAGACAUGCAUCCCCAACUUCCCUGAGCGGAACCUGCCCAGCGUGUUUGUGUACUUUGAGGGGGACAUGAAAAAACAGUUUGUGGGGCCACAUGAGCUAAGAGGCACUGGGAUCACAUGUGAUGAACUGGAAUACAUUCUUGGGCAAGUAGGAGCCGUGGACACCAAAAUCAAAGAAGACCCUCGGCCUAAGAUCAAAGACAAGUUGUUCCAAGACCUGGGCUCAAAUGACUGGUGAUCAAAGUGCUAGUGUAGUGGACUCUUCAGUAUUUUAAGCUUGGGAGUGCGGGUUCGAUUCUGUGCUUGAUAUUAAUUUAUUUUAUAUAUUUUUGAUUGAAAGUUGGCACAAACAUCACUAGUUAAUGUUACGUUUGUAUAAAGAAUUUUGUAUAAUGAGAUUUUAUAAAGUAAAUAUUAUUUAUAAUUUAAAUAAAUAAAAACAAUGAAAUGUA